AUGGCAACCUACUCUAAACAAGACUUUGAUGCUCAGCAUUAUCACGAUGCUCGACCACUGUAUCCAGACUCAUACUACGAAACAUUGAUAGGGUUUCACAAAGAAAAGGCCGGAAAUACUACCAAUCUCGCUAUGGACAUCGGUACAGGAUCCGGGUUCGUCGCUUUGAAGCUCGCAGACUACUUUGAUCGUGUAAUUGGCACCGACUUGUCCAAGACAAUGAUUGAGGCCAGUCGCCAAAAUGCAAUUUCGGCCAAGAAAGACUCAGUCGAUUUUUUGGUUGCGCCUGCAGAAAUCACACCAGAAUCAGUCAAAGAAGGAUCUAUAGAUUUGAUCACUGCGGCGGAAGCAUGUCACUGGAUGGAUAUGGAUCGUGUCUUCGAGGAAGCUUAUCGUGUAUUGAAACCCAAUGGUACUUUGUCAUGGUGGUUUUACUUGGACCCUGUAUUUGUUGGGUUUCCCGAAGCUACAAAACUCAAUUUGGAAUUUUCAUAUGCGUCAUCUGUAGAAAAAUAUGGAGACGACUAUGAAAAGUUUUUGGGUCCUUUCUUCGAAAAUCCCGGCCAUGAGAAGUACCGUGAGGGAUUGCGAGACGUAUUUCCUCCAGAAAAAUAUUUCUAUGAUACAGUUCAGAAGUACUACCAUCCUGAGCAGAAUGAGCGGGACUACACCACUCUUUUUAUCGAGAAGCAGAUUACUUUGAGAACUUACAAGAAUUAUGGUACCAGUUGGAGUGGGUACCACAGCUGGAAGAAGGCAUUUCCAGAAAAGCCAGAUACUGUAGAUGAAUUCAUCAGCAAAUUGCAGAAGAUCAUUGAUGUUGAUCUUGACACUCCAAUCAAUGUCAUCUUCCCUACCAUCUACACCCUUACUAGAAGAAGAUAG